AUGAAUAACAUGUACACAUAUGGCAAAGAGAAUAUAUGUGGCGAGCUACUAUACCCAGCUAAGCGCAGUAGCAGUCACGGAAGACGAGUGAAUGGACCCUCAACCUCUACUAAGAUCAACGAAUGUCCACCUUUUAUACCAUCGUUGUCGCAGAUGAACAGGGAUAUGGCCACGACCUUCUCCACCACAUCUUCAGUGUCUGACGAUGAAGUCGAGAAACGGCACAGGUCCAAACGAGCAUGUCCAGGUCGUACUGUGUACAGCACGUCCGACAUAACUUCAGAUUCUUCACAGUUCUCUCACAUUGAAAGAAACUUUCAAUAUAAUUGUGACUCCAGCGACGAGUUCGAUGACAGAUUGGAUACCGUGUCUCCAGUACAACUGGAUCUUCAGCCUGAUGUUACAGACGAAAGUGACCUUCCACCUCCGCUGGAGUUGGAUCCAAGUAGGUAUUAUCCUAGUGGUAGUUCUAGUCCUCAAAUGACGCCAGUGCGACCAGUCAGAGAGCCCAAGAAGCAGAAGAAGGCGGAACCGGUUUCUAUUUUUGAUCAUAAUUUCGACAGAUUUAAUCGACCAGAAGAAUACAAUCUGCCCGGGGGGCUGGCUAAGAUUUUAGGAUGUCAUGGUAAGAUAUUUUUAGAUUCAUAAACGAAUACGGAUGUUAUUUGUUACUAAUUUAGGUAACAAUUUACAUUUUAAUAAAAAUUGUUUUUAGGUAUUUUGUUUUUGAAGUUCUACGUUGAUGUGAACCGAGGGACGAUCGAAGUUUUGGUCGAUAAGGGAGCCUUCUUUCUCAAUCGGUACGACGAGGUGUUCUCGAAGGUACAAGUUGAGAUUCACCCAAAUCCAAGCUUCAACUCGAGCAAUCGAAAACGCGGCCGAAGAGAUCGGAACUUCCCGUGCUUUGAAAGUCAUGUUGUAGAAGGUCACAACCCGAGGUACAAACUCAAGUUUACAUUAGAAUUGGCACAGUCCAACUUUGAGAACCACGACAAGAUUGGAAUCAGUGUGUUCACAAAGGACAGAGGUGAUGAAGAUGGCUACUGGAUUGGGACGAAGCUGGGUCAGAUGGCCUUCUCUAUCCGGAAGUUGUACUUGAAGGGAAAGGAGGCAAGUACAUUGUUUUAGAGGAAUAUAUUAUGGUUGAUAGUGUAGGGACUUUGAAUGGGUUUAUAUUGUUUUAAGUGGGAUGUAAAGUAUAGAGGUAGAUUUACGUUUUUACUGAAGAAAUAUUAGUUUGAAGUUUGGUUUACUGGAAGAUUUUGGCUGCUUUAUGUGGAGUUUUGGGAUUUUGAGGGUUGGAUACACGAUUACUUCAGUUUUAAUUCGAUAUUCUAGUGUAUUUUUGUAAUUUUACACAUGUAUGUUAUGUUUUACUAUAUUAUUCUUGCAAAAACUGGAGGAAAACACUUCCAAAUUCCCCUGAUUACCCAAAUUUCUAACGAAUCCUUUCUUCAGGCGAACAAAAGUCAACGACAUCGAUCCUCGAAGCACAAGAUGAGACCGGUAAGUCGUGUUUCCAAUCUCGGGAGACUCAUUAGAAUUAUAGAUUCCGACGAAACGAAUUAAACUCUAAGUUGUUUCAGAUAUUGAACGGCGGUUAUUUCUUGCUGGGACCGGAGAAAGGCGAGUCGACCACGAUGUCACAGGAUAAGGUGAGGCUUUACAUGGUGAUUGGGAUUAUAAUCUGCGUUUUGGUGAUCGGUUUUCAGGAAAAUAACUUUUUUCGGUUCGAAAAUUUUGAAAAUAGCAUUGAAACUUGUGGGGAGGGGAAAGAAUGGCAUUUUUCACAGUUUAAUUUUGUGUGUUGUAGUAGUGUUAGCAUUGCCAAGUAAUCUUUUGGUCGAAAAGUACGUAGAAAUGUAAAUAUAAGGGGAAAAGGGGCUAAAACGGUAUAUUCUGCAUAUUUCUUUGCCUGAAGUAUUAAAUAUCCCAACAGUUUUUAAAAGUUUUGAGGAAAAUAUUAUUUUAAAAUCAAUAUGUUAAUAUAGCCAGUGAUUUCCUCAAAAUUAUUUUUCAGAUUCUGACGAACAAGUUCUACGAAGUCGGCGGCAACUCCAUGUUCUCCACGUCCUCUUCAACGUAUUCGGCUUCGCCAGUAAAGGUAGGUUAUAAAUCCGACUCUCAGGGGAGCAUCUUAUCUUCGUCUGACCAAUCUUUGGCUUCGGCCGCCAAAGGUUUUAUUAGGCCAUAUCGAGGAGUUGUGGUGGGCCAACUGACCGUUUGUGAGGUACAUAUUCUUGCUGUUGAGGUCUAAAAGUGCACAGAAUUCCUGAAAAAUACUAUUUUUUAUUAGGUUACGUAGGUUAUUGUCCUUUUGAUCAAAAAGUUCAUAGAAGGGCGGCUUUGCUUGAGUUUGGCGUUGUUCUUUCGAUCCUUUUUGAAAUAUUGACCAAGCCAGUGCUUGUAAGGGGACGCGACUGUAUCUCUUGUCGAAAUGUAUAUAAUUUUAUUCUCUAACCAAUCUUGACCUUUCUUUUCGGUUUUUCUUUAAACUUUAUGACCCGGAGACCCGGCAUACCCACCAGCCUGACAGGUAGGCCAAGACUAAUCAGGCCAAUUAUCCGCCAACAUUGGAAGUCAAUGUCAGGGCUCUUGUGUUGUUUUUGGGCGGUGUAUUAAGGGAUUUGUGAGGGGAUUUCGGGCCUUCAAAUCCUUGUAACCGCGGGUGUAAAAAUAAAAUAAAUGUCGAGUGGUAAAUGGGCGCUGGGAUUGGGGCGUGGGGCCAGCCGGUUUCCAUUCCACCUUAAUUUAGACAUUGUAGAAGGCCCCUUUAUCAAAUAUUAAGGACGAUUCUUGACGCUAUUUAUAGUCAUCUAUUUGACGUCUUCAUACAAUUUCACUGACAACUUAAAUGGGUGUGGGGAGUGUUAAUUGAUUAGUUUCGACACCGGCUUUGCUCCACUAGUUUCUUGUAGUUUUUGACAUUUUAUAGUGAAUUUUGGACAUCUUGUAGCAGAUGUUUACUACCAUGUUUAGGCCUGUUUUGUCAUUGGCUGUUUGCGAACGGGAGUUUUUAAGGGUGGUUUAGUGUUUUGUUGAUAACUAGUGUCUUCAGAGUUAAAAGGAAACAUGAUUCUACAUACUUUUUGACCAUAAUAUUUACAAGACUCGAUGGCGUUACUUUGUUACAAAUUUUGUUUUUUCCUGUUCUCUACCACCUUGUAGGGAUUCUCAGCCCAUGUCAUAGUAGGGCUGUGUCUUGUUCCCUCCCAACUGAUUAAUUUAUGUUUUACUUUGACCUCCAUAUCAAUUUUGAUCUGAAUUUUGGCUGUUGACAGGGUAAUUCUAUAUUUAGGAUUGAUUUAUGCUCAACGCAUACGUGUUGUUGUUGAUGAUGUAAGAACUUCCUAAUUACGUCUCAUUAUGGGCCGAUCGAGCAUGAAUCUGGUCUUAAUCAGUGGACUCUUGUAAUUUGCCCUUUGAGGGGGAGGAACUGUAGAUUAGGGGAGGAAAGGAACCGCUUCCGUUUCUAACUUUGAUGUUUUAGUAGUCUUUAAGAGCUUGCUAGUUAAAGGCUAUUUACUUCUUUUUGAGGUUGUGAUAGAGGUUUUAAAGGCUUUCUAGACCUGUUAAAACUUCUGUACCUGUUACUCAAGGCAUUGUAAGCCUUUGAAAGGUACUGUAGCUAAUUUGUAAGGUUCUGUAUCACACUUCUACAAACCUGAAGAAACGCUAGCCUAAAUUAGCUUCUGUACGCCCAAGUUCAGAAGCCUCGCAGACCAGCUGCCUUUAUCCUUGGAGGCAAACACCUGGGCUGAGAUUGGGCUGAGGGAACGUUGAGCUAUCCGUUUUUUCCUCCGUGCUUUGGGCGAGCAAAAAUAGCAGAAAAGCCGUUGGUAAUCUGGUGUGUUGGACUCAUUUGGUGACGCUUGGAAUCGAAUUAACUCACCAGCCCCCAGAUAUUAUGACUUUCGCCAACAUUAUGAACUCGUCCUGGCCCUCACCCAUGUACAAUCGUUGGCAUCGGGCGCUACGGCCCGACCCGAUGGUCUGUCCGACCGCUUAUUUACUCCAUUCAUCAGCUGUGACCCUGAUCUGCGAGGUAAAUUACAACAAACAACACUUGUUUUCCCUUGAAUUUGGGAUCAAAAUAAACUUUUUCCAGUAAAUAACCCAAGGAUUGUAGGGCGACGUCACCUAGGCUUGAUAUUGUAGUAGAUGUGAUCGAAUAGGGUUAACACAUAGGUUUUUGAAUUGUAGUUUAAGUUAGUUUGGGUUAGGUUUUGAACCACAUUCUUGGCAUUUUUGGCCGAAUUUUAGAAUUAAAAAGUUGUUUUGAGGUCAAAAAGUGGCAUAACUUCUAUAGAUGGUCUUUCGGUCUUUCUUGACCAUUUUGAUGUAUACCUUUUGACCCGAAUAUGAUCUACUAACAAUUAGAAAGCUGUCUUAUAAUCUAAAAUAGCCUCCCAUCUUAACUUUUCUUAAGAAAUGAACUAACAAGGCCCUUAAAUAAACUCUUGCAAGCCUUUUAAUGUUACACCCUCUCUUAACGAGUAGUUCUUAACGAGUAGCGUGCGUUCCGUUUCUGCAUAAAUUGCUUUAUCUGGAGCCUUAUCAGUGCUGAUCGUAGUCACCUGUUCUCGGUUUAUUCUUUUUUGUCCUUAAUUUCUCGCGGUUUCCCAAAACUUUUGGUUUAUUAAGUGAGUUCCUUCCCUUGGCCCGCUCCCCUGUCCUAACAAAUGCAUCAAAAUUGUCUCAAACUUGGCACCUUCAAUCAUAAACCGUGAUGUUUCAGAUGAUGGGCGAAGAUAUCUGUCGUCGGCCCUUGAUGAAAGAAGUUCGAGGGUCCGCCUCGACCUCCACCCUGGCCGACCCCAGGCGUCAUUCCCUACAAACCCCAAGCAAGUCCAGGAACAAUAAUGUCAGGGCCAUGGCCUCGACACGGGUCCCACAGUACGUGCCUGCCAUGAUGCAACAUACUGCCGCCCUGCCCUUGGAAUGCAUUGGAAUGGUACCCAGGAAGAAGGUCAGUCUCCCAGUGCGAGCCAUCUCUCAGGAUCAACAGUUCAAGAAGAAGAAAGACACCUUGGACACAAUGAACUUGAGCUCGUCUUCGAACUCAUUCAGUUCUACUGGAGCAGAGUAUAAGAGCCGGCAUCGGCACACGUUACCGUACCUUAUGACAACCAGUAAGUUUUAAAAUUUUGGAAAAAUGAAAGAUUGGAAACUUAGUAUCUAGGAACAACACUUUUGUUUUAAAAAAUGAAGAAGAAAUGACUGUAAAUGAUAUUAAUAUGCCCAAGGGACCGUGUGUGGAAUAAUAGCAAACCCCUGGGGGCUUAAAAAAUCUCGGGUUAAGACCUUGGCGAUGGUACUCUAUCAAAGUACUUAAUCCUUAUUCUUAAAAUUGCAUGGCCAAGCGAGGGGGGGAGGGGAAAGGCAGGCCAACGGACGCGUGAAAGCGUCAGAUAUCCGGUUAUGGCGGGGUUAUCGUCACAGCCAGCCCCGACGGCCAUUUCGGCCUUCCUGAACACCUUGAACUACUGGGCGGGCGACGAAGAAAACAGGUUCCAAGUUUUUGUUUUUUCCGCCGGAACCAUGACAUUCCGUCGACGGCCGAGGUGAAGGGAGAUUAGAUUCGAAGUGCGGUCGAAUGAGUGAGUGAAGGGGUGAGCACGAACCUCAGAAUGAAGAAGAACUGUCGUCUGACCUCGCCCAGUUUGGGCCGGCGUUUAGGUAGGAGAAGAAGGAGAGGAGUUUAUUGAACUCGACUUCUGUUGGCCCUAGCGUUACUCCGCCAUUCCCUAUUACUCGCGGGUACGAAGUCGGUGAUUGUACCGGCUGUUAGUUGGGUACUAGAUCAGCCGUUACCUUGGUACAACAUAGACUGUUAUUCUGGCCACGAAACUGCCAUAUCUUUUGUAUUAGGCUACGCGGGUACCUAUUGACUAAAAAUUAGCUAUAAGAUUGCCUGUUCUAUAACUCAUACCUUGGCCAUAAAACAUUGGCCACAACCCCUAAAGUACCAUUGCCAUGCCCUUUCACCGCUGGCGAACCCAAAGGCCGGCCCGCUCGCAAGAAGAACCCCGGUCCAGCAUUCUGGUCCGACUAAAAAAGUCGGUAAUCAAACCUUCGCUAAGCCAAGAUAAUUUAGCCGACACCUCCAACUACUCCCAGACGCCCAGCCUGCCCGUGCCCGGCUGCUCCACCGACCAGGAGAUCAACUACGGGAUGCUGUACGCUGACUCGGCCCCCUCCCACCACGUCCCUCCCCAACGACCGGUCAAAGAGAGCAAGUCGGUCGAUUUGCCCAGAAAGAUGUUAUCUACCCAGCCGAGUGUCUCGGGCGAGAUCUCCUCCCAGAAAUCAGCCGCAAACCACCCCUCGGUGCGGCGGGUGGCUUCGUUCACCUACUCCAACGACAGUGUCACCGACAAGAACAACAAACGCAUCCAGCCUUCGGGGAACAGCAAGUUCAAGUUGUGAGUUUUUAUUUUUUGCUUUUCAUCGACCGGUUGGGUUUCUUCGAAUUUUUAAUUUUUUUGAGCAAAAAUUUCGAUAAAAAUCACGUUUUAAUAUCUUUUGAAGUUUUUGAGUUAAAAUUUUCAGGGCCGUAUUUUACAUUAUUUAUAUCCGUUUUGACGUUUUUUAAUUUUAAAUUUAUUUCAAAUUUCAUUAUUUCAAAAAUUUAAUAUUAUUUGUGCAAAAUUGCAUCGAAUUCUCCCGUUUGCAGCCCAAUAUUAUUGUUUACCUUCCCUUUUUAGACCCACCACAAUCAGUAAAAUUGGAAACUUUAUCCGGAACAAGGUCGAGCGGGUGGAUCUGACGUUGAGCACGAACAGUUUGUGUCCGUCUGCCGAUGAGGUCAAGGCGUGGCAGGACUCGUUCGAGAACCUUCUCACCAGCAAACUAGGCCUCGAGAUGUUCAGACAGUUCGUGAUCGGGGAAGUCAGCUCAGAGAACCUGGACUUCUACCUGGACGUGGAGGAGUUCAAAAAGUGCAAAAACAAGGCCAAAUUGAACCAGAAAAGCCAGGCCAUCUUCGAUGCCUACUUCCGAAAAGACGCACCUCGCGAGGUAAGUGACAGUAAUUGGAAUGGUCUUGACAUUCAUGUUGUUUUCGACUGGAUUUGGCCUCAAAAGCUAACGGAAAUCAUGUUUUAAGACAAAACUUAAAAACAAACGUUAUUUGCGGUUUAGAGUAUUAAAAAUAGUUAGUGAGAAGACCUUCUAAACUAUACUACUUUAGAUCAACCUUGAUGCCGAAACCAAAUCCGCCACCCUGCAGGCGAUCGAGCAAGGCCUCAACAACGAUACCUACAACCUGGCCCAGAACAAGAUCCAACAGCUCAUGGCGAAGGACUCUUACCGUCGUUUCCUGCAGUCGAAACAGUACCUGGACCUUGUUAACGCGACCACGCCUCCUCCAUCAGCCACCUUCCCCACCCGCUCGCCCUCACCCCGCUCCAGCCCGAUCCCCCCGGAGGAGCCGACCUCAGGGAAGACAAGCCCCGUCCCCUCCCUACCUUCUCGACGUCAUACUGGUCUCCCCACCAACGAUCCCUCGGUUCCGACCAUCACUGAGUAG